CUUCCUCCCUCUCUCUCUCUCUGCCUCUCUUCUGCUGCUGCUGCUGCUUAUAUAGCCUUCUUUCUCCCUCCCCCAGAGGUCAGAGCAGACGUCGAGUCGAGAGCAUUCCCUCGCCUCGGAAGGUACAGGUUGCCAUGGCGCUCAAGCUCGUAUCUUUCUCCGGGGAGCUGGCUGCGGUCUCCUUCCUCGACUCCAGCCGGGGAGCUCUCAACCAGCUCAAAGUGGACUUCCCGGUUCAAAGGAGGAACAGAAGAGCAAUUUCCUUAAGAAGGACUUGCUGUUCAAUGCAACAGUCUCCACCACCAGCAUGGCCUGGUCGAGCGGUUGCUGAACCUGGGAGGAAAUCAUGGGAUGGCCCAAAGCCUAUCUCAAUUGUUGGUUCAACCGGUUCUAUAGGCACACAGACAUUGGACAUAAUUGCGGAACAUCCAGAUAAAUUCCGAGUUGUUGCUCUUGCUGCUGGCUCCAAUGUGACUCUUCUAGCUGAUCAGGUGAAAACAUUCAAACCAAAGCUUGUUGCUGUAAGAAAUGAGUCAUUAGUUGAUGAGCUAAAGGAAGCCUUAGCUGAUUGCGAAGAGAAGCCAGAAAUUAUUCCUGGGGAGCAAGGUGUUAUAGAAGUCGCUCGCCACCCAGAUGCAGUUACAGUUGUUACUGGGAUAGUAGGGUGUGCAGGACUGAAGCCUACAGUUGCUGCUAUUGAAGCUGGAAAAGAUAUAGCAUUGGCGAACAAAGAGACGCUUAUUGCAGGUGGUCCUUUUGUGCUUCCCCUUGCACACAAGCACAAAGUGAAAAUACUUCCUGCUGAUUCUGAGCACUCUGCUAUAUUUCAGUGUAUACAAGGCUUGCCCGAAGGAGCACUUCGUCGCAUUAUUUUGACUGCAUCAGGUGGUGCUUUCAGAGAGUGGCCAGUUGACAGGCUGAAAGAAGUAAAAGUUGCUGAUGCUUUAAAGCACCCGAAUUGGACUAUGGGGAAGAAGAUUACUGUAGAUUCAGCCACUUUAUUCAAUAAGGGUUUAGAAGUUAUUGAAGCACAUUAUUUGUUUGGUGCUGAAUACGAUGACAUUGAAAUUGUCGUUCACCCGCAAUCUAUCAUACACUCUAUGAUUGAAACCCAGGAUUCAUCUGUGUUAGCUCAACUGGGAUGGGCAGAUAUGCGGAUACCAAUUUUAUACACCAUGUCUUGGCCAGACAGAAUCUAUUGCUCGGAGGUCACAUGGCCCCGACUGGAUCUUUGCAAGCUGGGUUCACUGACAUUCCAAUCUCCUGACAAUGUGAAAUACCCAUCGGUGAAUCUCGCCUAUGCCGCUGGACGAGCUGGGGGCACCAUGACAGGAGUUCUGAGUGCUGCAAAUGAGAAGGCUGUGGAGUUGUUCAUUGAUGAAAAGAUCGGGUACCUGGACAUCUUCAAGGUGGUGGAGCUGACAUGUGAUGCACAUCGGAAUGAGCUGGUAACAAGGCCAUCACUGGAGGAGAUCAUACAUUACGAUCUGUGGGCGAGGGAAUACGCAGCCAACCUACAACCAUCCUCUGGCCUCAGCCCUGUACCUGCCUAACUUAACUUGUUCAGUUCCUUCCAUGCAGCACGCUCAAGCUAGUACUAGAUGGGAGAGAUUUCAAGGAUGUUGUAAAUCAUGCCUUUACAUGAAUAAAUCGUGCGUGCGUGUGUACCAUGUAAAUUUUGAUUGAUGAUAGUCAGGUAAAAUAAUAUUGCCAAGUUAAUCUAGGUAAGAAUCAUCAAAUA